AUGCUCCUUGUCCUGCUGCCAGCCUGGCUGGCCAUACGCAUCCUGCAGCUGCCCCUCAGCAGUACCCAGGAGUGCCUGAGCCAGCAGCAGGCGCUCAGUGUGGUGUGGCAAAUGCAGAGGCUGCUGGCGGCACAGGAGGCUGCCCAACUGCACGGCACGCGUGGCCUCCGGCAGCAGCUCCUUGUCCUCCAGAGCCGUCUCCAGAGACCGGCCACCGAACGCAAUGAGACCUGUCCGCAGCCAGUGGUGCCCCUGAACGGACGGGUGCUGAGCCGGAGUGUGCAGGUGGGCCACGAUGUUCACUUUGUCUGUGAUGCUGGUUUCCGGUUGGUGGGCUCCAAGACACGCACAUGCCGGCAGGACUGCACGUGGAGUGGCACCCAGCCUUCCUGCAGAGGUAUUGAUGACUGCUCCAGCAACCCGUGUGCCAACAGCGGGACCUGUGUGGAUGGCAACCAGAGCUACAUGUGCCUCUGCCCCCGGGGCUGGUCAGGCCUCAGCUGUCAGAGCCCCAUCUACUCCUACUGGGUGACACUGAGCAAUGCCUCCUUCAGCCGCCAGCCCCGCUGUGCCGAGGGCCGCCCGAGCUCCCAGCGCUGCAGCUGUGACCCUGGCUUCCAGAUGCGAGACAACGGCGUGUGCCGUGACGUGGAUGAGUGCCAGCUCUUCCAGUCCAUUCCCCAGACCCGGCUUUGCCUCCACGAGUGCCUCAACCUGUCCGGCUCCUACCGCUGCCUCUGCCCACCCGGUUACCUCCUCCAUGCCAACCGCAAUGCCUGCGAGGGUGUGAAUGAGUGCACUGGGAAGCAGCACAACUGCACCCAGGGCAACGUCUGCAUCAACACCUUCGGGGGCCACCGCUGCGUGCGCUCCAAGUGCCCCCCGCCACGCCACAACACCAGCUACGCCAAGACCUCUGCUUUCCAGUGCGAGAGGAACCCGUGCCCCACGGAGAGCCGAGCCUGCCGCCUGGCCCCCAGCUCCAUCUCCUUCCACUACCUGCCGCUCCGGGCCAACCACACUGUGCCCCACAUGCUCUUCAAGAUGUCCACCACCCACUUCGUGGGUGACAGCCUGUGCUUUGCCAUCAUGGGUGGCCAGGGCCAGGGUGUCUUUGUUGUGUGGCGCUCCGGCCGGCAGGCAGGAGAGCUGGUGCUCACCAGCCCUGUGGUGGGACCAGCCACGCUGGAGGUGGAGCUGGAGAUGAGCGAGUUCUCCGGCAAGGUCCUCCUGGGCAAGCAUGUCUUCAAGGUCACAGCCUUUGUGUCCCCAUAUGAGUUUUGA